GCGGGACCCGGACGAGCAGCGGAAGCGAGGCGGCACUGCUGCUUCGGCGACCGGGCGGCGGCAGCGACCCAGGCUGAGGCGGUGACGGCGGCGGGAGUGGGUGCUGCGCUCGGGGAGCAGCAGCGGGGUCGGCAGCCGCGCGCAGCGCUGCUGAGGAGCGGGGUCGGCGCAGAACCAGCAGCUGCGCCACGGGUGGCAUUGUGCUUCUCAGCGUGCUGGAGUAUUCCCAGACCAGAAGCGAGGCUGAGCCCAGAGGGCUGGGUUGCUUCAGMAGGGAAGACUCCCUUCCCCCCUGCUUCAGGCUGCUGAGCACUGAGCAGCGCUCAGAAUGGAAGCCAUCGCCAAAUAUGACUUCAAAGCCACUGCAGACGAUGAGCUGAGCUUCAAAAGGGGGGACAUCCUCAAGGUUUUGAAUGAAGAAUGUGAUCAGAACUGGUACAAGGCAGAGCUCAAUGGGAAGGAUGGCUUCAUUCCCAAGAACUACAUAGAAAUGAAACCACACCCGUGGUUUUUUGGCAAAAUCCCCAGAGCCAAGGCAGAAGAAAUGCUUAGCAAACAGAGGCACGAUGGGGCAUUUCUAAUCCGAGAGAGUGAGAGUGCUCCUGGGGAUUUCUCCCUCUCCGUCAAGUUUGGAAAUGAUGUGCAGCACUUCAAGGUGCUCCGGGACGGAGCUGGAAAGUAUUUCCUCUGGGUGGUGAAAUUCAAUUCUUUGAAUGAAUUGGUAGAUUACCACAGAUCAACAUCUGUGUCCAGAAACCAGCAGAUAUUCCUUCGAGACAUAGAGCAGGUGCCACAGCAGCCAACAUACGUCCAGGCCCUCUUUGACUUUGACCCCCAGGAGGACGGUGAGCUGGGCUUCCGCCGGGGAGACUUCAUCCAUGUCAUGGAUAACUCAGACCCCAACUGGUGGAAGGGGGCUUGCCACGGGCAGACCGGCAUGUUUCCCCGCAAUUAUGUUACCCCUGUGAACCGGAACGUCUAAGAAUCAAGAAGAGAUUAUUUAAAGAAAUUGAAAACACAAAAGAAACAUACCCACAAGCUGCCUGUAACAGCAGCCUGUGAGGGAGCUCAGAACACCUGGCUGGGUCACACUGGUGACCUUCUCACUUUGGUUGGAACUUUGGGGGGUGGGUGGGGUGUUGGAUAUCAAAAUGCCAAAACUUACCUAUUGAAUUAAGAAGAGUUUUUAUUACAGAUUCUCACCGCUGCUCCUGUUUCCCUUCCUWUGUCCUUUUUCUCAUCCUUUUUCUCUGUCCUUCGGUGCAUGAAUUUAAGGCCUCAUAUAGUCCCAGCUGAUGCCAAUAAUAAAAGAAAAGAAA